ACCAGAUGACACAGGAGAUGACCAGAGAUGUGACAGAUACCACGACAGAGCAGCACUCCAGUAGCACCCUGACUAACGCUUACAGCUCCCGUAGCGCUAACCACCUACAGCAGCAGGAGCAGCAACAGCAGCGCCAGCACUCUAACGCUAUCGCAGGUGUGUACUAUCCCUUCUAUAACGCUGAGUGUACGUAUGUCGAGAGAGCUAAAUUACCAGUACCAGAGGAGAAGACAGUGCAGUCUUCUGAAACCAAAACCACAACUAAAUCUAGUACUUCGAAAUCGUCCACGAUGAAGUCUAACUCAGACUUCUUUACAACAACCUGGGAUGACGAUCAGCCUUUCCCAGUGCCAGUUGCCUUUAACAUGCGUGAUCUUUCGCUGGAACAAUUUAAAACGAUGAACGAGUUCUUUUCUGGGUCCACCAUCUCCAAUCCUGACUAUUUCGAUAAAAAGGACACAAAACAUCACGAGAGUGAGAGCAAAUCGUGGAAAGAGGGUAACACAGAGUACCACAGAAGCAUGACCAAGACAGAAAUCACUUCCGUUACAACUUCAAAGAAGACGAUUGUAACAGACAUUCCGUCUGGAAGCACCACUUCGACGCAAAAGUCGCAUGUUCAGGACACCAGAGAAUCCAACCUGGCUUCAAGGGACAAGAAGAAAGAUGAUUCCAUGGAUCGUCAGUCCCGAUCCAGCGUUCGACUGAGGGAUACUGAGGGCCUCCGGACGAGGAGUCAAAGUCUCCAAAAGACCGCUAGCCAGGAAUUUACCGGGCGUUCACACUCAUUAGAUGGAAGGAUCAUCCCUAUCCAGAUUGCAACAAGCUCGAAUGAGAGAGUAGCUCAGGGUGCGAGUGCUUUCCAACCUGCCCCAAGGCCCGCGUUUGACAACCAGUCCCGAAUCAACCAAGCGAGGGAGAGUAAAUAUAUGAAGACGACUAAAACAUAUGGAGAGCAACAACAGCAGCCUACGAGCCUUUGGAAGCCUGUAGUGCCGCAGGUUCCAGACGUAAUUGCAAAAACUAAGGAUGAAAAGUUCAUGAGUUCCAGCACAAAAACCUUCGAAGAAACUAAGCCAGAGGUCAAACCAUUACCGAUAGGCAAACCUGUCACUGACGCAAAAGUGACGAUUAAACGGGAAAGUAGGGAUGAACUUUCAAAAAACACCAUCACAACCGUUUCAAAGGACAAGACUGAAAGUAGCAACAUUGAGCAACAGACGGGAGGAGCACCAGCAUCUAAGCCUUACAAGAGGCUAAGAUCGAGGUCUGUUGAACACAUAAUCUCCCCAGACGAAGCACCAAUGAUUCGUGAGCAGAGAAGACCCCGUUCAGCGCGAAGAUCUGAGCCAUACGUAACGCCUCUGGUAAAACCUCAAGCUAUCCCAUCUAUGCGGCCACUACGGAGGACGUCCCCCUCACCGGUAAGAACGGGUCCGAAGCCAUUCAUUCCUCCUGUGUACAGCGAUGUGGUGGACGAAAGAGCCAUCAAGACGUCAAAGACUAGUGAGUGGACGGCAAAAGAGAUCCUAAAGCCAGUGGUGUUCAGACCAGCACCAACGAAACCAGCCGAAGCGAUGACCACGUCUACGACCACAAUCAACUCAGGGAGUUUCACGAUGACCUCGAAGGUGGAUAAAGAACAAGAUACGGCACCGGCUGUUUGUCCCCAGGUCACGGUCGUCGAGAAACCACAUGAACUAGCACAUGCUCCCUGUGUUGACAAACCCAAAGAACAUGAUACGAUGGAGGAACGAAAGAUCGCCUCACUGGAGACUACGAAAUCAACGACAGUCAUCACGACUAAGACAGAGCCGGAGGUAACCUCAGCUCCCCGUUCCAUUCCAAUUAAACCAGUGUGGACCGAGCCAGUGCAGACACCUAAAGCUGCUCAAACAGAGCAACAGAAACGCAUGGAGCAGAAGUUUAUGAAGAAGGUCACUGAGCGGAAAGAGUCGAAGGAGCUGCCCAUUGAGCCAUCUCCGGGGCCUGCCCCGAUAUACGACGUCCCUCGCCCGCCUCGGCCUCCGUCGCCGAAAAUUUCUGAACCCUCUCUCAUCGACGAUGUUCACACAUCGCAGUACAAAACGUUCACCGAAGACACCGUAGUGACAAAGGAAAGAGAGACAGUGGCUCCAGAGCCUGUCCCAGUCCAGCAUGAAUACAUCCCAUUGCCUGCUGAUGUAGAUAAUCGACAACAAUUCUAUUCAAAGCAGAUUUGUGAAUCAAGCACCGUCACAACGACCACGCAACAGGAUGUUCCCUCUCCACCCGCUCAGCUGUCCACGGCUCUUUGGCACGAGCCUGUGAUUGCCGCUAAAGCGCCGCAAACUGAACAGCAGAAACGCAUGGAAGAAAAAUUCAUGAAGAAAGUUGCUGACCACCAAGAGUCAAAAGAAAUGAAUGUCGAAUCAGUCGAGGUCCCAGAUGCUGUACAGGCACCCGUUGCGAAGCCACAAACGGAGACCACGAAUGCACAAAAAGAGCAGCUCACUCAAAAUGUAAGCCGAUCCACUACAUAUAUGACAACAAAACAUGAAACGUUUUCAACUCCAGAGCCGAUCCCAGAGGCACCCGUCUGGCACGCGCCGAUACAAGAACCAAAGGUGGUCCAAACAGAGCAACAGAAACGAAUGGAAGAAAAAUUCAUUAAAAAAGUGAUCGAACAUCAAGAGUCAAAAGAUGUGCAAGACCAGCCGAGCGAUGCACCGGCGAUUCCUCAGUAUAUUCCUGUUAUGAAGCCACAAGAGGAGACAACAGAUGAACAGAGAUUUAUAUCACAAGUGACAAGCGUGUCUAACACAUUCACACGCGAAGAGGAGACAACCCCAGCUCCCGCUUCAGUUCCCGCACCACCCGUGUGGCAUGAACCGAUUCAGUUGCCGAAAGCAGCUCAGACUGAACAACAGAAACGAAUGGAGGAAAAGUUUAUAAAGAAAGUUGCCGAGCGGAAAGAGUCGAAGGAGUUACCUAUCGCCCCAAAAGUGGAACCCGAAUCAAUGGCAUCGGAAAUGCAGACUGUCGACCAUACAAAACAGGAAUCAGAGCGAGUGACAACUGAUCAUCAGAUCACUUCCAUGACUAAGGUCCAUCAGGUUCAGACAUCGACUGUUACUGCACAGCACACAGACACACGUGAGCAGCCGCCUGCACCAAUUAUACCCGUGCGGCACGAGCCAGCACGACCCCAAGAGGUGGGACAAACUGAAACACAUUUCAAGGAAACCAAGGAAUCCGCUCACUCAUUACCGACUCCAAUUUACGACGUGCCUCGUAUGACCGAAAAAGCCGGUCAAAAGCCCCUAGAAAACACAAAACCUAAGCCAUUCCAAGCGCCUGUAGUAGACGAGCAGAGUGGUUCCCUUUUCGAGACACACAUGACCCAAACUGUUACUACGAAAACAGAUCAAGAGAUCCCAACAGUUCGAGCAGCAGAGUUUCAGCCUGUUUGGCAAGAGCCAGUGCAUACGCCGAAGGCAGGACAAAGUGAACAGCAAAAACGAAUGGAAGAAAAGUUUAUGAAGAAAGUCACUGAGAAAAAGGAGACACUUGAUCAACGGGAAGAGCCAGUGCCUGUCCCCAUCCAUGAAUUUCCACAACAGGUAGAACCUCCGCUAUCGCAACCAUCAGAGUACCACGAACUGAAGGAACAUCACAGUUCACACUUCGAGAAGAGCACGACAUCCACGCAAGAAGCGGAAACGCCAGUAGCUGAGGCUGUACCAACCACACCUGUGUGGCAUGAACCUGAACCUCAGUUCCAACAAACGGGAAAACAAAAACUAAUGGAGGAAAAAUUCACAAAGGUCAUUGAGAUGCAGGAAACAAAAGAUCAAGAAAAGAAAGAAGCGCCUGUGCAAGCGCCGGUGACUGUUCCUAUAUACGACACUCCUAGUCCAAUAAGACGACCAACAUCUCCAGUUGUGAAGCCCACCCCAUACACAGCAGUUGACCAAUGGCAGCCAGAGCCAUUGACCGAGAGGCAGAGUUUCCACUCGGAAGAAUUUCAUGAAACAAAGACAACUAGUUCGGUACGAGACACAGCUCCUUCAAUGCCGCAUUUUGUUCCACAAUGGCAGGAGCCAGAACAAGCCCCAACGAUUUCACAGUCUGAGCAACAAAAGCGAAUGGAAGAAAAGUUUCUAAAGAAAGUGAUUGAAAACAAGGAGUCAAAAGUAACUCCAGAAGAAACCAGUGCUGGACCCGUCACAAAGCCUUGCGCGACUUCAGCUGACGAAACUGAUCGGAUGCAUUCGUAUAAACAGGAGUUGUAUACGAGCAACACGUCUGAUAUUGCUCAAGAAGCAGUAAAACCUGUCUCAAUACCAACCGAACCAAUCAAACCCAUUUGGCAAGAGCCCGUACAGACACCAAAGGCUUCUCAGUCUGAACAUCAAAGAAAAAUGGAAGAAAGGUUUGUGAAGAAGCUGACUCAAAAUCAGGAAUCAAGGGAGAUAUCAGACAAACCAGAACCUGUGCCUUCUUUGGACCUGCAACCAGAGAUGACACAAAUGGGUCCAGUAAUAUGCACAAAGGAGGUGCGUGAGUUUAAGACCAGUACCUUCACCAAGAUUGAGCAAACAACACGACCUUUAUCAGAACCAAAAGAGCCAAUUGAAGUGCCUCGGAAUGAACCGGUACUCUUGCCGACGGUACCCCAAACAGAAGAAAGCUUUGUUCAAGAAAAGCUCAUGAAGCAGGAAAGCGAAGUAACAAAACCUGAAACCAAAGUUUUUAACCCUGUAAAGCCGAGACCAACACCAGCUGAAAUAGUGAGUAGUGAAAAUCUUUUUUCCAAGCAAACGGAAAAGAAAGAAUUCGUUGAGACGAGCGAGCAUCGGGAACGACAAGCAGCUCCUGCACCGAUCCCUUCGAAACAGGUGUGGCGUGAACCCGAGCAGACACCUAAGGCAGCUCAAACAGAGCAGCAAAGACGCAUGGAGGAGAAAUUCAUUAAGAAAAUUACAGAGCGCAAGGAACUGACAGACGCACCUGAUACUUGUCAGGUCUCAGCACCUGAUUCGCUUCGUCCCAUCGUUCCGCCUGCAAGUCAUCGUGAGACAGUUGUCGACAGCUUCAAUAAGUCGCACGAAGAAAUAGCAAAGCACAUUACAGAGAAAACCACUGUAGAAAUCCCAGACACUACGGAGCAAAUACAUCCACCACCACCUGACAAGAACAAUGCGCAUACACCAGAUUUUCUUAAAACAUCUGACGGUGCUAAAACAAAGCAGCCUACAACCUUUUCUCCCAAAGUACAGCCGAUUUGGAUCGAGCCCGUGGAAACGCCCAAAGCAGCUCAGACAGCACAACAAAAGCGCAUGGAAGAGAAGUUUAUCAAGAAAGUUACCGAACGUAAGGAAGAAAAAGACGUGCAGGACGCACUAAACGAACAGCCCAUCCACCUGACUGAAUUUCCUCCUUUGGCAGAAACUCUUCCACAGCCCAAGGCAACCACGGAAUCACACGUAUCGCAGUUUCAGUCGUGGCAUGAAACGAACCGGACUUUUGAAACCAUCCAGCCACCAAGUUUGCAGGACCACAUGCCAUUACCUCAACCAACACACCUGCCGCCAAGACCAGUCACAACGGCCGCUAAGGGGAAAAAGCCAGCGAGCCUGCGUGAACGUGAAAGAAAGACAUCCUAUCACGACACUAGCAUGUCUGAUUUCUCAGAUUCAGAAACAACGAUCAAAAUCAAGGAGAUUGAAAGCAAACCGCUACAAAUGGACACCUAUGAGUCGUACACAAACGCAUUUUCCAUCGGUCCUAAAAUUCAGGAGCCACCGAUAUAUCACAAAAUACAUAUCGAAGGACAGGAAGAGAAGAAAAAGGAGAACAUUUACGAGACGGUGAUUCCCUUCCCAGCGCCAUUCAAGCCUAUUUCGGAAUCCCAGCCAGCCCCAUCGAUAACGGAGAAAACAAAAGCCUCGAAUGUUCUAGAAAGUGUCCUGAAACACGUUACCGCGCCAACAGCUACACCGGCCGCUGCAGUUGAUGAUACGCCACAGGAGUUUCCUCCCAGUGAGGUUCACACAAAGCUCCCCGAAAAGCCAGAGGUCAUCCCUGCACCCGAGCCUGUCCGUUUCACUCCAACACAGUUUGUGCCAGCCCCGCCUGCACCUGAAGAAGCAGCUCCCCAGGAAAUGCCGACAGAGUCAAAAUUGCAGGCCGUUAAGCAUGUGGACAGUCCCAAACCAGUUCGCAAACAGGCGCCUAAAGUGACGUCGGGUGUGGAGUAUCCAUUUUCUAACGAGGCAGACCUACCUGUGUCAUUCACCACUACUGAGAAGGUUGUCAAAACGGACACCAUAGUGCCCAAGGCACCCAUUACGGUAAAGGCCCAGCCUGAAAUUUCAACAAAAUUCGGCCCAAAAGAAGAAAAACAAACAAUAGAUACGUUUACAUCUCAGCAGAAAAGACGAAAGAAGGAAGAGAAACUUAUGAAAAAGUACGAUGACAUUGCAAAGAGGACAAAGCAAACAACCAGGGAGGAGGAGAAACGGGUCUUUUCGCCAUCGCCCGCACCAGUGGAACGGACCGUUACUCCUACGUCGAACAUUACCAAAGUUUCUGAGUCUAAGCAGUUCAGUAGUCGGACUGAGAGCACGCAUGAAAUCCCAAAACCAGUCCCUCCGCCCACACCAACUUACUCCACAAAAGAGACCAAGAGCAAUCUGGAAAAGUUCCAACAAACAAAAUCAUCGGAAUCCGCCCACCCAUCUGCGCCCAUCUUCCGACCGCCUGCCGAGGCUAAACAACAGAGCGAACUUUCUCAAACAUUCGAGCGUACAAUGACGUCUCAGUUGUCGUCGUCAUGGCGGCAGUCCACACCGUCGGCCGGACCCUGGCCGACUGCCAAACCGGCGUCCGCUCCCACCGCGCCACCUCACAAACGCCUCGCCGGUAGCCACGCGACCGACGAGUCGCGAAAGCGUGAAGUCAUCGCGAAAAUAAGCAGUCAGCAGAGCGACCAGGCGAGACCAGUCACCGCCAGACCAGUGUCAGAGCCGAGUGCGCCGUGGCAGGAGAGCACAACACGCACCGAGAAGACUGAGAGCACACGUGAAACGACGGAACAAACGGUGAAAACAACAGACACCGUCCGUCCGACGCCGCACGUCACUUGGCAGCCAGUCCCAUCGUCGAAGACGGAGAGCAGUGAAAAGCGAGACACCGCUCACCUAUUCUCUGCGAAGACCGACAGCGGCCUGUAUCAGCGUCCAGGCCCUAAGCCUACCCCACGCGUAAUGGAUGUGAUGCCCCAGCAGUUGCCGCACACGCCGACCAGUAUGCCGGAGCCGUAUGUGGACCGACAAGAGACAUUCAGCAGCUCAAAGAGCGAUGAGAAGACCGCCACUGGACAUCGGAAGAGCGAGUCAGCUGAGAAGAGGAGUCACGAGGUGCUCCACUCGGUGACUAACCUUCCUGGGUCAAGCACCUCAAAGACCAUGCAGCAGAGCUCGUAUCAGACCAUGUCGCAGUCCUUUGAGACGUUCGACCAUGGCUUCCCGGCCUUCCAGGCCCCAAAAGCCCUCGAGUUCCCGCCGCUGUUAACUCCCGAGCCGUUCAGCGAUCAUUGGAGCUCCCUGGACCAGAGCAUGUCGUGGCACGAUAUGACGGAUCUGAGCUCUUCGCUAGACGAGCAAAUCAACCAACAACCUUCUCAGCCACUCCAAACUAUACCAACCUGGCAACCGAGCUGGAAAGCGACUGACGAAAAGAAAACAUCUGAAGAAACAUCUGGAAAUUAUCACCAUAGUGAGCAAAUAAUUCCCAUCGAGAUGCCAGCAACUACCAGCGGCUUAAAAACAACGCAGUCAGCGAUGAAUGAUGCAAGCAAGCAAUAUCGACAACAGACGGAGCUCUUCCAAGAUCAUACACCUAGGAGUGUCCCAUCAUCUUCAACUUCAUCAUUCAAGGAAAUGAAAAGUUCUAGUCACUUCGAACAAAGAAAAACUGACUCGUCAAGUAAAAUGGAGAACAGAGAGCGGAUCGUACCGCUCACUCCUGAGCCGAUAUACGCUUCGCCGAGCCAGCCUGUAUUGAGAACCCCGUUGAAAGAGGAACAAAAGACCUCACAAGGUUUUGGUCGUUUUGAAUCAACGACACAACAAACAUCCAAAACGUCUAAUGAAACGGUAAUACCUAUUACGAUGACAUCACAAAACCGUCUGGAGCGCUAUCAAAAUAUUGCAGCUGCAAGUGCGCCUUCCCACAAGCCAGAUGUUCCUCAACAGCAGCAAUAUCAAGAGAAGUGGUACGAAGAACAACGACAGCAGGCAAGUCAAAAUCAGACGCCCGUCUCGAGGCCAGCUUACGGUCAGGCACCACAACAGAAAACCAAUAGCACAAUCCAACAGUCGACUUUCGAAAAACAGACAAUGUCUUCAGGGCAUGAACGCAAGAUACCAGUAGCUAUGGCACCAGCCGGAGCUCCACGCUUAGUGCAAAGUCAAGGUGGUGCUGUUCACUCAGAUCUGGCUUCGUCAGGAAAAACUACUGGAUCACCAUUCGGUGCCUCUCCCUAUGUUGACAAGCAAGAGACAUCCUCACAUAGCAAGAGUCACGAGGCGACCGGCAACGUGACAAAAGACACCGAGUCUUCUGAGCGUUCAACGUACUCUGUUCAGCGCAGCGGACCCAAGACGCUUCCUGGGCCGACACUCGGGUCCUCUGUAACGCAGAGUUCGUCCGAGGUGCGCCACGAGACGUCUCAAAGUCACACAGAACACACCAGCAGCUGCUGGCCGCAGUCAUCAGCGCCACAAGCAAGAAGUGUGCUGCCGCCAUCCAGCAAAGAAACGAACCAAACAGUUUUCGAAACGACAUCCGGCACUUCAGGCAGUCUCUGGGGCUCCCAGCCGGCGAUGUCUGGCAAAGAACCCACAAAUCAGUUUGGAUUGAGGAAAACGAAGACCGAAACAAGCGGGACAGAUGAGUCGAAGAAGGACCAGCUGGCUCGGUUGGGGUCAUCCAGUGGCAGCGCUGGACCACGCUCCGAGUCGGCUUUCAUGGAGAAACGCACGAAAGAUGGAAAGAACGAGCACUACCAAUCAUUGGGCUACACGAGCGGGGGAGACGUGGAGCAUAUCGAGGAGGCAAACCGCUCCAUACGGAGGGAGAAGGAGAACAUGAACGCCAAAAAGGUGGACAAUAAGACGGAGGUGUUUGAGACAGAAGAGGUGCGACCAGACGGAAAGUACAGGAUUCAAAAGACCGUGGAGACCAAAACGGAAGAAGAGCUUAUGCGGAGCAAGAAAAUUGAAACGACUAUCGAGACGCUACCGGCUAUCGGACGUUAGAGUCAGCAAUCGAAGGCAGUGUUGAGAGUUCUUUAUAGCAUCAGUGAGACUCGGAGAAGACAGUCACCUGGCAGAACACUGUAGCAAAAAGUGGACAGUAUCAUGUCGCACUAUUGUUAAACUGCUUUUGUCGUUGAAUGUUGAGUGAGCAUUGCUUCUGUGGUGUAACGACUUUGUGAGCUGCAACUGCAUGCAUUAGGCAUUAUUUUUGUAGUUUAUUGUGGUUGAAGUACGUGUAUGCGCAAUAACGAUUGCUGCUUUUGAUCCGUUACACACCUCUAACACAAAGUCCCAACUUUGCCACAAUUCUCUAGCGCAUCAAUUUUUUAGCUCGUCCCACUGACCGAAAGUGCAAUUCCACCAAGUCUUUACCUAAUAUCUUUGCCAGCAACGUCAAACAAGCAGCUGCCUGGUUGUGGGUUAAAUUGUCGCCGAGGACAACGAUGUAUACGACUUAAAACUAUUUCUCGAACUUUCCGAUGAUAUUAAUACGAUAGCGCGAACGAACUGCCAUAACAGCUAAUCGAGCUACAGUGCAGUGUUGCACGCUAGCAGAGCGGAAUGUUGGUGACUAGUACUGCAAUAAAUUUGUGGCGCAGUG